AUGGCACGGAAUUUUUCGUGUAUUUAUACUAUCCAGCAUACUUUGGCAGACGUUCCGUUUGGGGUGCUCCAUCGGAUACGCCGUAAUUUCGAUGAUAAACUGUUUUGUGCCCGAGAAUUGGAGUACGCUGACACCUGCACCAGUCACCAUAAGCUACUAAAACUAGAUAUAGACCUGCUCCAGAAGUUCAAGCACAACCGGAUAGUGCGCGUUCUGGAGGUAAUUCACGAAGAAGACGCGGGGGUAUACUAUGUCAUCCAGGAGGAUGCUACUGAUAAGUAUCUGUUGGAGAUGCUGCAAGCGGCAAGGGCUGGCCAUCCACCCGCCGAGGAGAUGAUCUGGGGGUAUAUAGCUCAACUGGCUGAGGUUCUGUCAGUCAUGCACAAUACAUCAUACCAGGUCGAUGAGGAGGGCAGUGUUCCUGUGGUACUAGUACAUGGAAACCUAGCUACAGACAUUGUGCAUACAGAUCCGGGAGACCUGCACAUUAUCAAGCUCCAGACGCUUGGUGUAGGGCGAGAGGUUGCAUUGGGAUGGAAUCUUGUAGAUACGCGGGGAUCGAAGAGCUACAUUGCCCCAGAGAUUCAUAAGCAGGUUAUGGAUUGUUUUGCUUCGUCUAAACCAGUAUAUCCUCUUCUGACACCGGAGUGUGAUAUGUGGUCUCUCGGAGCCUUGGUUUACGAGCUAUGCACAGGGACUCCAUUGAUAAAGCAGAAGACAAAGGAUUACCCAGCAGUUCUGGAGGCAAUUCAGCGCCCCAUUACGCUUCCGAAAUAUGGGGAAGAGCUGGCACAUUUAGUCAACAGCCUCCUGGACCCCAACCCCACUAGACGGCCAUCGGCAUCUCAAGUCCUGGCACUCCCGUUGGUCCAGGAGAUGCUACGUAAGCUUUCCACCAAGUGA